UGGAAAAGGCUUCGAAACUGCAGCCGCCGACGGAUGCUCGCGCCCGACCGGCUAGCGGGGCGCAGCGCCAUUGACGCCAAAGAUGUGGUCCGCGUCGCCCUCGAACCCCGGGGUAUCAUUGGCUUCAUCCAGAUUCCGUCUCUCGAGUCGCACGCGAUGACGCUGGCUGAGGCGCGCACGAUCAUUGCCGCCACGAUCGACCAUGUACCCGACGACGUCCAGUUCCUCUAUGGCGACGCGGGGCUACCCAUCGGCCGCGCGCAGGAACCAUACCACCACGUCGCGGACCACUACCCGUGCAUCAAGCUCCGUCCCGCGCCAUCGAUCGCCAAGAAACUCAAGCCCACGACAUAUCAAAUCUCGGUCACGCACGGACAGACAAAGAGUCUCUUUGUCUCGUGGAUCCCAAGUACGUAUACGUUCCAGCAGCUACGGCGGGACGCGGCGCGGUACUGGGACGUACCCCAUGACGCCGCGACGCUGGUCGAUCAGGACGGCUGCGCAUGGCCCGACGAAGCCAGUAUUGCGUCCACGCUGCUUGAAAACGAUGUCUUGGCCGCCAAGACGCGCCUCGUUUUACGCCACAAGAAGCUAUCGCACGGACCAACGAUCGUCGCGAGUCGGCUUCGCGUGCCGACAAAGAACCUCGACGAGCGACUGUGGUACAUCUUUACCUUUUACUGUGUGCACGGCGACGCGCUCGAUGUCCUUGGCAUGACGGCGUAUCAAUUCCACCGGUUUCUGCGCGACUGCCGGCUCUUCUCAUCGGCCUUUACACCGGCCAUGGGGGACGUCAUCUACGCCUUUGAAGCCAAAGGCAAACUCGCAAAGCCACUCGCUGCUUCGCGGCGGGCGACCGCCAAGCUCGACUACGACGGGUUUCUCAAUGCGCUGGCGACGAUGGCGACGCGGCGCUAUGCAAACGACGCGCUCCCGACCUUGCUCUCGACACACGUGUUGCCGCGGGCAUCCUCGUGGCCACUGCAUACGUGGCAGUUCCACACGUCGCUCUUGCAGCAAGACGACGUGGCUCGCUUUGUGCUCAAGUUCGAGCCCAUGCUGCGCGAUAUUUUCGUGUUUUACACCAACCAGCCGUUUUCGGAAGCCGAGGUGGAGAGCACGAUGGCGUUUAGCGACUAUGUGCGCUUCGUGAACGAUUUUCACAUCACUGAACUCCUGCUCUCGACACACGAGUGCCCCGAGCUCUUCCUCGCGUCGUGCCAGUGCACGGGCCGACGCGAUACGAUGCACUUUGAUGCGUUCCUCGAUGUGCUCGGGCGCGCCGGCCUCGUCGGCUUGACACGCUACCGUCCUCUGCAGCCACUUCAGUGCGUCAAAGCUGUCUUUCACCAUAUGACGCGCGGCCUCAAGAGCUCGCGCGCGCUCGAGAUCAUUGCCAAUCAUGGUCCGAGCGCGCUGUACGCAGCCCGGUUUUACGCCGGCUGCGUCGCGUUCAGCCACAAGUUUCUCGACGUCUGGCGCAUCGAAGGGUCACCCGACUACAUCACGGGCGUGCUUCCGAUUCUACCGGACAAAAGCACGCACGGACGCGACAUGCUAGCGCAGAUGAUGGUGCAUGCAGAAGCCGCCCCCGUCGCGCCCCUUCCACCCCCGGGUCGCCCCCACGGCGGUGCGGCCACCUUCGGCGCCUGCUAUGAAAACGAUGACCCCGACGAAGGCCAAAACGCUUGUGACGCCUCGCGAUCGACCACCGUUGGUGACUCCCCGAGACCGAGUACAUAAACCUACGCCGUUCAUGCUCCGGGGGCCUCGACUCUCGCGUCUGUCACUGGAUGAGCACCGGUUGACGCUCACACAAGGCAACGUCUUUCGCAAAUUCGGAACGUGGGGCCAGCCCCAGCGGCGCUACGUGUGGUGCUCGGACGAGAGCGAUGCGCUGUCUUGGCGCAGCCUGAAGAGCAAGAAGGCCGAGGAGAGCCUCUCUCUAUAUGCGAUCCAAGCCGUGCUCCCUGGCAACACGGAGACGACCAAGUACGCCUUCAUGAAGCACCUCUCGGACGAGAAAACCUCCGGCGAUGUUUCUCCAUCAUGACCAAGGAUCGGCGACUCGACUUGGAAGCCGACUCGGACGCGAUCUGUGACCGGUGGAUACAGGCGCUCACGAGCUACCUCGAGAGCCAACGCGCAUAAACGUACAUCAUGUAAAGAUGAGUAGAGUCCCGUG